CUUCAUUCUUCAAUUUCAAAAAUCGUUGUGUAACAUCGGCCGACUUCUUCAGAGCAAAAAAAGUUUAGCUCCUCUUUUCUCUUAGCUCGCCGUGCAUCAUUGAUUCGUUUGAGAGACUGAACAAUUCUAAUUGAGUUCGUCAUCUCUCUUGUUUAGUUGCGUAAUUUUGCGUAUCAGUAAUUAGAUACAGGGACUAUCUGAUUGCAAUGGGUACAGAGACGGUUGUACAUGAUCAGGCUAGAUGGGCAAUGGCAGCUAUGGAACGAAGACUUGCUGUUGCAAAAGCUCAGCAACAACAAAAGAAUGAGAAAGACAAGAAGGGAACUUCAGAUGUACAAGUCCCUUCGAAACAACCACUUCAAGCUGAUUCACUACCUACUCCCUCAAAGACUUCAAUUAAAAAAGAUCCGAAGGAGGAUGAUUAUGUUGCGUAUACAAAACUGUCCCAUCCCGUUGAUGAGAAUUUGUUGGCAACCAAUGUUAAGUUUUCUAGUGCAAAGGGAACUAUAGUCGACAAGGUUUUGCAUAACCUCCUUCGAAGCGGUGACUCUGCUCAAAAGUACUUGCAAGGUACUAAAAGUGUGAAGCUGGACAACUGUAUUCUCCUUGAUAAUUUUGUACAGUCGCGUCCUUCAGCCUCUGGUUCUAAAAAGGCAUCACUGAAGGAUUCAAAACGUUCUAAGAGCCGUAUGUCUAUGAAGCGGCUCAAGAAGUCUGGUGCUUUGCAUAUGCCUAAAGAUCUCCAAAAGUUUGAUUUGUUUAAGCCAAUGCAUGGUAUGUGGGAAACUUACAUGACACAACUCAUCAAGGUGACCGGGAAGAUUCAAUUAGCCCCAACUCUUCUCUCAGCAGAUCUUCAUGGUGCUUUUAUGUAUGUUGCUGAGUGUAAGAUAGCAUCACUCAUUGGUGUGCAAGGCAUCAUGGUGCGUGAGACAUCCGAAACAUUUGGAAUAAUCACAAGAGACGACAAGUUUAGAGUUGUAUCUAAGAAGCAAUCUGUCUUCAUCAUCCAACUCGACUGCUGGAAAAUUACUUUACUUGGGGACAAGUUUACUUCAAGAGACAAUAUUGUUCAACGUUGAUGCUACGAUGAAGCUCUCGUCUUUUCUCUCUUGCUCGUGUAUUAGAAAGAACCACCCAUUGAUGACUAGAGAAGCAUCCUAGUCUCACAAGAUUUUGCUUUAGAUCUUUUCUUAUGUACCCUCCUAUUAAUAUAUUUCUUAAUCUUUUUGUAUGAAUCCUCCUCUGUAAUUAUACUAUUAU